UAAAACAGGCGAUCAUCUCCUCCCGAUCCAUCCAUCGAUCGAUCGAUUCCAAAUUAAAUGGCGAGCUGUAAUACCAUUCCGGCGGCCGAGCUGAUCAGCUGCUACUCCGACGCCGGCAGCCGAGCUGCCAUCCCCCUCGUGGGCCUGGGAACGGCGGCCUUCCCGUUCGCGCCGGAGACCACCAAGCCCGCCAUCCUCCACGCCAUCGAGCUCGGCUACCGCCACUUCGACACCGCCUCCAUCUACCAGUCCGAGCAAGCACUCGGCGAGGCCAUCGAGGAAGCCUUGCUGACCGGCCGCCUCCACUCCCGCUCCGAGCUCUUCAUAACCUCCAAGCUCUGGUGCACCGACGCCCACCACGACCGUGUCCUUCCCGCCAUCAGAAACACUCUCAGGAAUCUCAAGAUGGAGUACCUCGAUCUGUACCUCAUCCACUGGCCGAUGUGCCUGAAGCCGGGGGCGGCCGCUUUCCCGGUGAAGGCCAAGGACAUCCUUCCGCUCGACCUGAAAUCCGUCUGGGAGGCCAUGGAGGAGUGCCAGAGGCUCGGCCUGACGAGGUCCAUCGGCGUCAGCAACUUCAACACCACCAAAUUGCAGGAGCUGCUACAGUUUGCCAAAAUCCCUCCCGCCGUCAACCAGGUGGAGAUGAACCCGGCGUGGCAGCAGGAGAAGCUGAGGGAGUUCUGCAAGGGCAAGGGCAUCCACAUCACUGCGUAUUCUCCCCUCGGAGGCCAAACGAACCCUCUCCGCCCCUGUCCAGUGAUGGACUCACCGGUGCUCAGAGACAUCGCCAACUCAAAAGGGCAAACUGUAGCUCAGGUGUCCCUCAGAUGGGUGCAUGAGCAAGGAGUGAGCGUGGUAGUAAAGAGCUUUAACAAGGCAAGGCUGAAGGAGAACGUUGAGAUAUUUGGCUGGGAACUCAGCGAAGAAGAUCGUCGGAAGAUUAGUCUGAUCCCACAGAGCAAGAAGGUUUGCAUAAAAGGAAUGCUUUCAAUUUCUCCACAAGAAUGCGAAUUGGAACCGCAUGAAUUGUCUGAGGUAGACGUCUUUGAGCUCGAGUAGUGAUCAUGAAAUGCUUGUCCUUGGAAUAGAAUAAAA